CCCACGCGCAGUGUGGCGCAGACCUUUGCAUGGAGUAGGGAGGCUGGCGCAUUGAAGGUGGACACCCUUGCGUGGUGUAUGGUGGCUGGCGCACACACCCUCGCGCAGUGUAGGGAGGCUGGGCACAGACCCUUGCGUGGAGUAGGGAGGCUGGCACAAUGAAUGAACAGAUACAUGCAUGGGCAGGUGCAAUGAAGGUGCAGACCCUCGCGCAGUAUAUGGAGGCUCGCACAAUGAAGGUGGACACCCUCGCGCAGUAUAGGGAGGCUGGCACAAUGAAUGAACAGAUACAUGCAUGGGCAGGUGCAAUGAAGGUGAAGACCCCGGCGUGGUGUACAUAUGUAAGUGUGUUUAUAUAAAGAUGGAGGAUAAAAGUGAAGGCUCUGUUAUGGUUUAAAAAGUCAUCACAAACAUUAUCCAGUAAGGGUGGGCAGUAUAAACAAGCUUACUUUCACUGUCACCUUUUCAUCAUUAACGAUAAGAAUACACCUGGUGCACACUGUUUUCUAUUUCAAGUUUAGUAGGAAGUGUUCACACUUUUCGUAGAUAGAUAAAGGCGAAGAAGCAAAACCAUUUAGCAAAAGGGAGAUGGAGAAAACGGUCUACCUCGCAGUGUUUUUUUGUCACUGGAGCCAUGGUUUGGAUCUGGACAGGAUUAACGCUGUUGUUGGAAUGAACUGCAGUUACUACCUCCAACACCAACAGCACUCUGCUAGGAUGGGUGGUAGCUUUAACUCCACUAGUAUUGCUUUCGGUGACAUCCCACAAUUAGACUGCCAACCAUGGUUUUUGCCAUCACAGAAGAAUGAUUGUGCGCCAGGAAAUCGCUUUGGAGAGGUACUGCAGGUUCGGCCAGGCACCAACCAGACCCUGCUGCUUCCUUUCUACUGCAUGACUACUUCUGAGAACCUCACGCAACAUAGAGAUGUUAUGGGAGGCUGCCUCUUUACCACCAGUAUCCCACAAGAAAUGCGGUUCUUCCCCCUCCCGUGCAACAUCUCAGAGCUGAACCAGUUCAUGUGUGCAGACCUGAACAGAGAGGGACAGUUGUGUGGGAGGUGUCAGGAUGGCUAUGCUCCACCGGUCUAUUCAUAUGCUCUCCACUGUGUCAACUGCACUGACUAUGGCUACCAAAACUGGCUCAAGUACGUAGCAGUUGCAUUUGGUCCUCUCACUGCCUUCUGUGUCAUCAUCAUAGUCUUUCACAUCAGUGCCACCUCUCCAUACCUCCACGGAUACAUUCUCUUCUGUCAACUGUUCUCCUUGCCAAUCAUCUAUCGCUUAUUUCUAACUAGUCAUGGCUACAUGUAUUAUAAAGUACAAGAUGGUCCGUGAAGAUUUACAGUAGUUUCAUCAGCAUAUGGAAUCUUGAUUUCUUCCGUCUGGUGUACGAGCCAUUCUGUCUCCAUCCAGACAUGACUGUCAUACAGAGUCUGACACUUGACUAUCUGGUUGCACUUUACCCUCUCCUUUUAGUAGCCAUCACAUACUCCCUUGUUUAUCUGUAUGGCAGAAACUGGAAGGUGGUAGUUUUUCUUUGGAAACCACUUCGCAGAAUACUGAGACCACUCUUUCGUGAUCUGGACAUUAGAGCUACUCUGAUAGAGUCCUUU